AUGGGAGCGUCAAAAACCCAAGAACAAUUUGACAUCGCCUUGCUGCUCUUGGAAACAAGAAAACCCUCCAUAUUUCAGUUUCCAUUCCCCAUCAGUGGGGGCUGUGCACCUUCUGAACACCCCAAGAACGAACAAAAAUGGCCUGCAACCCCAGAACUCCAGAAUGGAGAAGAGUAUGCUGGGUUACCAACAAGCAAACAAGCAAGGCACUCAAAUGGGGAGCCUGCUGUGUUAUUGACAAAAAAAUUAAGAACAAUUGACCUCUCCCCUAGUCCUCAUUUGCCCUCUAAAUCUUGCACAUCCAGUGGUGGUUCAGGGAAAAUCUCCUUGGAAUGCCGCCUAGUCGAGGAUGAAUUGCCCCCUUCACCAUUCUGA